CAUCAAGCAAAUGAAAUUUAUAAAUUCAACUAGCCCUUUUUUACUCUAGUUUUGGGGGAGAAAAGCAGCAAAAUCCCUCAUAAAUAAUUAGUUAGUUAUCAUCUUCAACUACUAGAUAAUACAAAAUAAAGCUCAUAAGCGGUUCCGUUCAGUGUCCGCAGCUGGGUAGCGAGCCAUGGCAACAUCGUCAAGUUCAUCGGUGAUGGCUGGAAUCCAAGUCCCUCAAAGCCGAUUGGAUUCUUCCGUUUCCAAAGGGCGAAGGAGCAUGGUUAGGGUUAACAUUCCUGUUCCCGCCGCUUCAUUUCCUUUGACCCGUUUCCAUUUAUCAUCAGUUCCGGCCCCUGCAGCUGCCCGGUGGCUGGGUGACGCUAGAGAUAGGAAUUCUAUUGAAUUAUACCAGAGUCGAAAUAAUAAUUGGGUUAGGAAGUUGAGGAUGAAGAAGAAGAAGACAAGCGAUGCUUCCAAGGCAUGGAAAGGGAGUGCCUCUGUCUCACGCUCACAACAGUUGAAAACUUGGGUUCCCUGCUGUUCCUCCCUUAGCCACAACUGCUACGGAAAGACUACACCCUUUCCUACCUCAACAUCGUUGUCACCGUUCUUUCGCCAGAAAUCUUGCUUUCCUCUCUCUUCCCACACAUUCAAAACUCAUGGCAAUCACAUGCGUCCUCUAUGUGCUACUGUUGGUCCAGAUGAACCACAUGCAGCCAGUACUUCCUUGCCAGAUGGUCUUCUUGAAAAGCAAGACUUUGAUUCAUUAUAUCCUCAAUUACAAACAGCUGAACUAGAGGGGUUUUUGUCUGGUGAACUUCCUUCCCACCCAAAGCUACAUCGAGGACAAUUGAAAAAUGGCCUUCGGUACCUUAUUUUGCCAAAUAAAGUUCCAGCAAACAGGUUUGAAGCACAUAUGGAGGUUCAUGUGGGAUCGAUUGAUGAGGAAGAUGACGAGCAAGGGAUGGCACAUAUGAUUGAACAUGUUGCAUUCCUUGGAAGCAAGAAACGUGAGAAACUUCUUGGGACUGGGGCUCGCUCAAAUGCUUACACUGAUUUCCACCAUACAGUUUUUCACAUCCAUUCACCAACUUAUACCAAGGAUGCUGAUGAAGAUUUACUUCCACUUGUUUUGGAUGCAUUGAAUGAGAUAGCUUUCCAUCCAAAGUUCCUUUCUUCUCGGGUUGAAAAAGAGAGGCGUGCUAUACUUUCAGAAUUACAGAUGAUGAAUACAAUAGAGUACCGUGUUGACUGUCAGUUAUUACAACAUUUGCAUUCUGAGAACAAGCUAAGCAAAAGAUUUCCAAUUGGAUUAGAAGAGCAGAUCAAGAAGUGGGAUGCAGAUAAAAUAAGAAAAUUUCAUGAACGGUGGUAUUUUCCAGCUAAUGCAACUUUGUACAUUGUGGGGGACAUCAAUAAUAUCUCAAAGACAAUAAACCAGAUUGAAACUGUUUUAGAACAAAUUGGCCUUGAAAAUGAAAUGGCCUCACCACCUACUUCUAGUGCAUUUGGUGCCAUGGCUAAUUUUCUAGUUCCUAAACUCUCAGCUGGGUUCGCUGGAAGUUCAUCUCAUGAAAGAUCAUCUAAUGCUGCAGAUCAAUCUAAAAUUCUUAAGAAGGAAAGGCAUGCCGUUCGUCCUUCUAUAAAGCACAACUGGUCUCUUCCUGGACAUAAAACUGACAUGAAGCCUCCCCAAAUAUUUCAGCAUGAGUUGCUUCAGAAUUUUUCAAUUAACAUGUUCUGCAAGAUUCCUGUGGCCAAGGUUCGAACUUUCAGAGACUUGAGAAAUGUUCUGAUGAAAAGGAUAUUUCUGUCUGCCUUGCAUUUUCGUAUUAAUUCAAGAUACAAGAGUUCAAAUCCACCAUUUACUUCAGUUGAGUUGGACCAUAGUGAUUCGGGAAGGGAAGGAUGCACUGUCACAACUCUUACAGUCACAGCAGAGCCCAAGAAUUGGCAGAAUGCAAUUAGGGUUGCUGUUCAAGAGGUUCGAAGGCUCAAGGAAUUUGGUGUUACUAAGGGUGAAUUGACGCGCUAUAUGGAUGCACUGUUAAAAGAUAGUGAACACUUGGCAGCAAUGAUUGACAAUGUAUCGUCAGUUGACAAUUUGGAUUUUAUUAUGGAAAGCGAUGCACUGGGCCAUAUGGUUAUGGAUCAGACACAAGGACAUGAGUGUUUGAUGGCUGUUGCUGGAACAGUUACUCUUGAAGAAGUCAACUCUAUUGGAGCACAGGUAUUAGAAUUUAUCUCUGAUUUUGGAAAACCUACUGCACCCCUUCCAGCAGCAGUUGUUGCGUGUGUUCCAAAGAAAGUCCAUGUUGAUGGCAUUGGUGAGACUGAAUUCAAGAUAACCUCAACCGAGAUCACAUCUGCAAUAAAGUCAGGAUUGAUAGAACCUAUUGAAGCUGAGCCUGAGCUUGAAGUGCCAAAAGAAUUAAUAUCUCCACAGCAGUUGCAAGAGUUAAGGAUGCAGCAGAGGCCUUCUUUUAUUCCUCUUAGUCCUGAAAUAGGUGUCACAAAAUUGCAAGACAGGGAAACAGGGAUUACUCAACUCCGUCUUUCUAAUGGCAUUCCUGUAAAUUAUAAGAUCUCAGAAAAUGAAGCCAAGGGAGGGGUAAUGCGGCUCGUAGUUGGUGGGGGAAGAGCUGCUGAAUCUUCCGAUUCAAAGGGAGCUAUAGUUGUAGGUGUCCGAACUCUCAGUGAGGGUGGUCGAGUUGGCAACUUCUCCAGGGAACAGGUAGAACUCUUUUGUGUGAACCACCUGAUAAAUUGCUCCUUGGAGUCCACCGAGGAAUUUAUUGCAAUGGAGUUCCGUUUUACUUUGAGAGACAACGGGAUGUGUGCUGCUUUCCAGUUACUUCAUAUGGUGCUCGAGCAUAGUGUCUGGGUCGAGGAUGCAUUUGAUAGAGCAAGACAAUUGUAUUUGUCCUACUAUCGGUCUAUUCCAAAGAGUUUGGAACGCUCAACUGCUCACAAACUCAUGUUAGCGAUGAUGAAUGAUGAUGAGCGCUUUGUUGAACCUACUCCAAAAUCAUUACAAAAUUUAACGCUCAAAUCUGUGAAAGAUGCUGUCAUGAAUCAGUUUAUAGGUGAUAAUAUGGAGGUAAGUAUUGUUGGGGACUUCUCAGAGGAGGAGAUUGAGUCUUGUAUUCUUGAUUACCUGGGAACAGUUAGAGCAUCAAAAAACUCUGAAAGUGAGCAUGAAUUUAGUCCAAUCUUGUUUCGACCUUCUCCAUCUGACUUGCAGUUUCAACAAGUAUUCUUGAAGGACACCGAUGAAAGGGCAUGUGCAUAUAUCGCAGGCCCUGCACCUAACCGAUGGGGUUUUACAAUUGAUGGAAAAGACCUAUUUGAGUCAGUUGCUGAUGCACAACUCCAUUAUGAUGAGAGGAACGAUGCUCAGAAGGAUCUGCAAAGAAAGCUUCGCAGUCAUCCACUUUUCUAUGGCAUAACAAUGGGGCUAUUAGCCGAGGUUAUAAAUUCUAGGCUUUUUACAACAGUCCGGGAUUCCCUUGGGUUAACAUAUGAUGUAUCAUUUGAGUUGAACUUGUUUGAUCGACUUAAGCUUGGAUGGUAUGUGGUAUCUGUAACAUCCACUCCAAGCAAGGUAUACAAAGCUGUUGAUGCUUGCAAGAAUGUUCUUAGAGGUUUACACUCCAACAAGAUUUCUCCAAGGGAACUGGAGAGGGCGAAACGGACUCUUUUAAUGAGGCAUGAAGCAGAAAUAAAGUCAAAUGCGUAUUGGCUUGGAUUGUUGGCUCACCUACAAGCUUCUUCUAUUCCUAGAAAGGACAUAUCAUGCAUCAAAGAGCUUACUUCCCUCUAUGAGGCAGCUUCUAUUGAAGACAUCUACCUUGCUUAUGACCAGCUGAAAGUGGACGAAGAUUCUUUAUACUCAUGUAUUGGAAUUGCAGGGUCUAAUGCCGGUGACGAUACUACGGAUUCCCUAGAAGGGGAAGAAUCAAGUGAAAGCUUUCAAGGAGUCAUUCCUGUGGGGCGUGGUUUAUCUACCAUGACAAGGCCAACGACGUGAACCACGUUGAUGUUAUUCGUCGUUGUGGUGGGAAAAGUUGGUUUGAAGUAAACUGGGAAAUCUCUCCCGUCCCUUCUUCUCAAGGUCGCGAUAUGGUGGAAGUGCUCAGCAGGGGAUCGGCACAACAAAUUGGUAUUAAAUCAAGCAAUUAUGAAGAUGCUUUGAAUGUCAAAUGUCAUACUAAAUACAAUCCGUUGAAAAGAAGAAAAAAAAAAGCAGGUUUAUGUAAUUUACAUGAUUUUUGACACCAACAGACUUUGUAUUCUUUGGAAAAUUAAGAGAUUCAGUGUACGGUAGUGGGAAUCUUGAUUGAAUAAAGCCCCUAAUCAGUAGAUAUCGUACAUUUUUU